AUGAUGUCCAUGAACAGCAAGCAGCCCCACUUCGCCAUGCAUCCGACCCUGCCGGAGCACAAGUACCCCUCGCUUCACUCCAGCUCGGAAGCCAUCCGGAGAGCAUGUCUCCCAACUCCGCCGCUGCAGGGCAAUCUCUUCGCCACCCUGGACGAGACGUUGCUGGCGCGGGCAGAGGCUCUAGCCGCCGUGGACAUCGCUGUCUCGCAGGGCAAAAGCCACCCUUUCAAGCCGGACGCCACUUACCACACCAUGAACAGCGUGCCCUGCACUUCCACCUCCACGGUGCCCUUGGGCCACCACCAUCACCACCACCAUCACCACCACCAGGCGCUGGAACCGGGCGACUUGCUGGAGCACAUCACCUCCCCUUCGCUGGCGCUCAUGUCCGGCGGCGGGGCGCACGAGGGGGCGGGCGGCGGGGCCGCAGGCGGCGGCGGCGGCGGAGGAGGAGGUGGAGGCGGGGGGCUGAUCUCCACGUCCGCCCACCCGCACUCGCACAUGCACGGCUUGAGCCACCUGGCGCACCCGGCGGCCGCUGCGGCCAUGAACAUGCCUUCAGGCCUGCCGCACCCAGGGCUGGUGGCGGCGGCUCACCACGGAGGCGCCGCCGCCGCCGCGGCCGCAGCUGCAGGCGCCGCCGGCCUGGCUUCUAUCUGCGACUCGGACACGGACCCGCGCGAGCUGGAGGCCUUCGCCGAGCGGUUCAAGCAGCGGCGGAUCAAGCUGGGCGUGACGCAGGCCGACGUGGGCUCGGCUCUGGCCAACCUCAAGAUCCCCGGCGUGGGCUCGCUGAGCCAGAGUACCAUCUGCCGCUUCGAGUCGCUCACGCUCUCGCACAACAACAUGAUCGCGCUCAAGCCCAUCCUGCAGGCGUGGCUGGAGGAAGCCGAGGGGGCCCAGCGCGAGAAAAUGAACAAGCCGGAGCUUUUCAACGGCGGCGAGAAGAAGCGCAAGCGGACUUCCAUCGCGGCGCCGGAGAAGCGCUCCCUCGAGGCUUACUUCGCCGUCCAGCCGCGACCCUCCUCGGAGAAGAUCGCCGCCAUCGCCGAGAAAUUGGACCUCAAAAAGAACGUGGUGCGCGUUUGGUUUUGCAACCAGAGACAGAAGCAAAAACGCAUGAAAUUCUCCGCCACCUACUAA